GAAUAUGGGUCACUGAUUUAAUUUUAGAUCAGGGACACCUGUCCUUGUCAGUAGUAUCUCUUUAACUGGGUUUGAAAUAAAUGUUGGGAGAGGAAAUCAUACAAAUUAGUAGUUUCAGACUAUCAUGUUGUUAUGUAGGUUAUGUACUACAAAGAUUCAUGCAGUCAACUAUGAACAAUCUACAGGAAAGUAAUGCAGUUUCCAGUGUCACCCCUUCUUUGAAAGACUUGGUAAAGGUUUUAUAUGGAGGAAAAAGGUUUGGUAAUCAUGUGGAUGAAGUUUGGCCUGACCUAUUCAUUGGUGACAUGUCAGUGGCAAAUGAUCGAUAUAGUCUGUGGAAACUGGGAAUCACUCACGUGGUGAAUGUAGCUCAUGGGAGGAUGCACUGUCAGGGGAGUCAUGACUUCUAUGGCUCCACUAUGGAUUAUUAUGGAGUGCCUGCAGAUGACUCACCGUCCUUUGACCUCUCUCGCUAUUUCUUUCCCUCUGCUGAGUAUAUUCAGAGUGCACUUAACACGGCUGGUGCUCGGGUUUUUGUCCACUGUGCAGUUGGAGUGAGCAGGUCCGCCUCUCUCGUCCUGGCCUACCUAAUGAUCCACCAGCAUUACACGUUGCUAGAUGCCAUCAACAAGGUCAAAGAGCACAGAUGGAUCUUCCCAAACAGAGGAUUCCUCAAACAGCUUUGUGCUUUGGAUAUGAAAACACGCAAGAUAUCAUGAGUAUUCCUCUGCCUCUCAUAAACAAAUUGUUUUUUUCUAAAUAACAGAACCUCCAACGCUUGUUCUCCUCAAGAUAAAUGAAUAAUUCAGUGUUUGCCAGUGGAGGGAGACACUGUACGUUGACCUUAAUCAGUUUGUUUCAAGAAUGGUAUUGAAUCUAUUGAUCCUGGUGCUGUGUUUAAUGUGAACCAUGCUGCCAUGCUAUUGGCCCUUAUAUUAUAAUAGGAGAUCAGUGUAUUCCACUCACCCUAAGGCAUAAUCCAUUUUAAGACUGAAUAUGAGAAAAUUGACUCAUUUAACCUUUGUUCUAUAUUAUAUACACAUCCACGUUGUUGUGCUGUGUGUUCACUUUAAAACAUCCUGAAUAAUCAACAGAUGGUUUGUAACGCAGUAUAUAUAAGUUGUAAACUGAGCUAAACACAUUUUAAAGUGAUUAUGAAUGUAAUUGUCAUCAGGUGUACCUCACCAUAUGAAGCAUCCAUAACUGGUGUGUAAACAGAUAAUGAAUUAUUGAGAACAAAUUGUAAUUAUAUAUAACCUGUGAAUGAUUUUUACAUGUGUAAAAUAGCGAAUGCUUUAUAACAGGCUGUAAGGAUUUGUUCAAGUGUGUAAUUUAGUAUCAUUAUAUAAGACUAGAAGUUGACAAAUACAUUGAUAAAUGUUGAAGGAAAAUUAAAAUGAAUAAAAUAAAAUAAGGGAUUUAGUAUUCUCCACCACAUUAAGACUUUAAAGCCGCAUUUACAACAAAAUGUUGGGAGAUAAGAACUUAAUUUGCAAACAGUUAAGUUAUUAAAUUCAUUGUGAAAUCUUCUUUAUUCCUAAUUAUCAGAAAUACAUUUUUGUUGUCUCUAAAAUUUCUUAGGUAUGUUGAGUUGCACUGGGUUAGAAUUUGUACAUAUGUUUUUACAUAUCAGGUGGGAUUUGGUCCCAUCACACACACCCCUAAUGCAUCAAUAAGCAGAA